AUGGUGUCGACUGAGUUUGGUGCCCCCAAGUCGUUCUUCCAGGGUUUUGACCCCUCUCUGGUGGCCACUGACUACGGCAGCAAGAUCCACGUAUGGAACUGGAAGGACAAGACACUGCGCCAAACCAUUGACCUGGGUGGUGACGGGCUGAUCCCGCUGGAGAUCCGCUUCGCCCACGACCCCGCACAGGACUGGGGCUACGUGGGUGCUGCCCUGUCGUCCAACAUCAUCAGGCUGGUGGUGGGCAAGGGCGGCGAGGUGGCCACAGACGUGGCGGUGCGCCAGUCGUGGCUCAAGGUCGAGGGCUGGGCCCUGCCCGAGCUGCCCCCCCUGAUCACCGACAUCCUGCUCAGCCUGGACGACAAGAGGCUGUUCUUCUCAAACUGGCUCAGGGGCGACCUGGUGUCUUACGACAUCAGCGACCCGGCCAAGCCGGUCCUGGCGGGCCGUGUGUGGCUGGGGGGCUCUAUCGUGAAGGGCGGCGGCGUCACGGUGCCCGACCCUGCUGACCUGGCGGCGCUUGGGCUGGAGGAGCAGCCGGAGAGGCCCGUCAUCAAGGGCGUCCCGGUGCAGCCCAAGCUGGGGCCUUGA